GAAGCUGUUAGUUGACAAUGUGAACGACCCGAAACUUCUGGGGACCUAGCCUAGAACGCGACGCUCGCACUGCGAGUCUCGAGUCGGCGCGAAGGACGGAGCGGACCCGGGAAGCGUCGAGAGGAGGCCAGGGUGAGACCCGGUCCCCAGCGGAGCCCUCGGAAAGCUCGGAAAUGGAGCCGCCGCAGGUCCCGGCCGAGGCGCCCCAACCCAGGGCCUCCGAAGACAGCCCGAGGCCGGAGCGGACCGGGCGGGAGGAGCCGGACGCUCAGCCCCAGGAGCUCCCGGAGAAGUCUCCGUCUCCAGCCCUGUCCGGUUCCCCUCGCGUACCUCCGCUCAGCCUGGGCUACGGCGCCUUCCGCCGCCUGGGCUCGUGCAGCCGCGAGCUGCCGUCGCCGAGCCCCUCGUGGACCGAGCAGCCCCGGGAUGGCGAGGCGGAGCUGGAGCCCUGGACGGCGUCAGGAGAGCCCGCGCCCGCGUCCUGGGCGCCCGUGGAGCUGCAGGUGGACGUGCGCGUGAAGCCCGUGGGCGCGCCUGGGGCUAGUCGCGCGCCCUCGCCUGCGCCGUCCACGCGCUUUCUCACCGUGCCAGUGCCGGAAUCGCCAGCCUUCGCCCGCCGCUCCGCUCCCACGCUCCAGUGGCUGCCCCGCGCCCCGUCACCAGGCUCCACGUGGAGCCGAGGAUCGCCGCUUGCCGCGAACGCCACCGAGUCUGUCAGCCCCGCUGAGGGUUGCACGGUGCCCCCGGGCUCGCCCGCCUGCCGCUGCCGCUGCCGCGAGCCCGGGCUAACCAAAGAAGAUGACGCGCUGCUGCAGCGCGCAGGCAUAGAUGGCAGGAAACUGCCGCGGGCCAUCACGCUCAUAGGGCUGCCCCAGUACAUGAAGUCUCUGCGCUGGGCUCUGGUGGUCAUGGCUGUGCUGCUGGCCGUCUGCACUGUAGCUAUUGUGGCCCUGGCCUCUAGAGGAGGAACCAAGUGCCAACCAUGCCCUCAAGGCUGGAUGUGGUCUCAGGAACAAUGUUACUACCUCUCUGAAGAAGCCCAAGACUGGGAGGGCAGCCAGGCAUUCUGCUCAGCCCACCAUGCCACACUGCCUCUGCUGAGCCACACCCAGGAUUUCUUAAGAAAAUACCGGAUCACCAAGGGCUCCUGGGUGGGGGCCCGACGAGGCCCUGAAGGCUGGCACUGGACUGAUGGGGUCCCCUUGCCAUCCCAGCUAUUCCCGGCAGACAGUGAGGACCACCCAGACUUCAGCUGUGGGGGUUUGGAAGAAGGCAGGCUCGUGGCUCUUGACUGCAGUUCUCCUAGACCCUGGGUCUGUGCCAGAGAAACCAAAUGACUUAGUCUCCUGUGUUAGACCUGUCUGGAGUUGUCCCCAUGGCUUUUGCUUUGGUGUGACCAAAGUAUCUGACAGAAACAACUUCAAAGAGGCAAGAAUGAGCAGGCUCGCGGUUUCAGGGGGCUGCACCUGGCAGAGCUGCCCAGUCCACCGCAGCAGAGGAAAUGCUGGAGCCAAGGGGUGGGAACAACCUUCAAAGGCCUGUCACUGUUGACAUACCUCCACACCAGGCUCUACCUCCUCAAGCUCCCAAGUCACCCCUAAACCCAGCACUACCAGCUGGGAACAAACCUGUGGCGGACAUUUCAGACUCAAUCCAGAGCAUUCCUAUUACAAAUCCCCUCAAGAUUCAUGACUGUCUUGUCUUGUUUUGAGACAGGGUCUCUCUCUCUGUACCCCUGGCUGGCCUGGAACUUACUGUGUGGUCCAGGGUGGCCUUAAGUCCCUAGGCAAGCCUCCCAAGUACAGGAAUUACAGAUGUGUGCCACCACACCCAGCCCAUGGCUAACUCAAUGCAAAAUGAAUUCAGUCCAAUUUCAAGAGCCUCUAUAGUCUUAACAGUCCCAACGUUGUUCAAAGACUCUCCAGGUUGGUAGUCCCCACAGCAGUGUGUGGGGGAGCUGCACCAAACCUCCCCACCUCCCAUUUCCUUCUUCAGCCAGCCUCAUGCUUCAUAGAACUUUCCACUAGCCAAGCUGGGGCACCUUUGUUCUUCUGACCAGGCGCCCUAACUUCUCCCUAUGCUGGUCUCCAGCAGGUGAGUUCCCAAAGGGAGGCACCAAACCUAUUCUGAGAUGGCUGGCUGGGAUCCCAUCUAAAGGAGUGGGGUACCAAAGGGAGGUGGUGUCCAUCUUCCCUCCCCCCUCAAAAAAACCCCACAAGUUCACAGACUAAAAUAUUUUUUUUUUCAAAGACUAGGCCCUCACAAGAUGGUUUAGCAGGUAAGAGCACUGUCCCAGAGGACCCGGGUUUGAUUCCUAGAACUCUCUCAAAGUGUAACUCCAUCACCCACCCCACCUCCCAUAUCACACCCCCACCCUCAGGCACUGCAUGAACAUGGUGCAGAUAUACAGCCAGAAAAAAUACCCAUACACAUAAACUGAGGGGUGGGGCUCGUAGAGACACAUACACUAAAUAAACUUGAAAAAAGAUACACACACACACACCUGGGCAUGCCUGUGAAGGAGCUCGGUUAAGGUGAGAAGAUCCAUUUUAAAUGUGAGUGGUAGCAUCCUAGGGCUGUGGUCCUGGGAUGAAUAGAGAAGUAGGUUGAGCACCAGCAUUCAUCCCUCCCUGCUUCCUGGCUGCAGCAGUGUGAGCAUAAGCCUCACGCUUCUGCCAGGCUUCCCCAGAAUGUUGGCCUGCACCCUCAAACUGGGAGCCAAAACACUCUCCCUCUAAGUGGUCAGUAUUUCAUUGCAGCAAUAAGAAGAGUAGCUAAUAUAUUAGCAAACUGCACUGUGGAUUGAGUAAGCACCCCUGGAACAUCUGGCCAUGCCCUGCUCCCUAACAUCUUCCACAAGCUAUUAAGGAUCCCUGCCGCUAGGUACCCAUCCCUGAUGCCUCUCUGGUUCAGGGCUUAAGAUGUGUUCAUUCUGAAUUCAUUCUUUGGGAGAAUGAGCUUGUUUCAGCUUGCUUCCUGCCCUUGUUGCUCAUAGGGAUAUUUGCAGAUGAAAACACAGCUGCACUGUCCUGGCAUCCCUACACUACAAGUCAAUAGUCUGUGUGUCAGUCUGUCCAAGCAGCCAGCACCUAUUUAGAGAGCAUCAGCUGAGGGAAAACCCUAAGCAAGAGAAAAAAAAUCUAGAACAUCUAUAUCCUUACAAUUAGCACAGAUCUUUGAGACUUUCUACGUUGCAGGCUGUUGGAUGUCAGUCAGUAAAUAAAGCCAGCAGCAUUGUCAUUUAUGAUAAGGAUCAUGCCUUUGGAUUGAACUGAGUCCCUUUCAAACUAUGCAAGUUCUAGUCCCCAGAACCAAUAAUGUGACCUUUAUGGAAAUAUUGUUGGUGCACACUCAGGUGAAAAUGAGACCAGUCAUGUAGCUGGUCAAAUAUGACUGGUAUCUUUAUAAGAACUUUAUGGCCAACAAAAAGGCUCAGCUGGUAAAGCACUUGCUGCACAGCCUGGUAACCUGAAUGUG